GCUUGGUGUCCGGUUUGAAGGAGUUAUUAGAAGAGUGACACAGCUGCCACAGAGGAACAAGUGAUAACUUCAAGAAACCUGUGGAGUAUUCCUUUAAAGCCGACUCUAAAGAGGAAAUUUUUCAGGAUCCUGUCAGCGCAUAUCAGGAGCCAAUAUGACAAGAAUCUUCCACUCCGUUCUCUAUUGCUGUGUGCUGGCAACACUAGCACACUGUGUGGAACUUGAUGUGAAUCCUGAGUUGAAGAAAAGACUAAGCAUAUGGCUUGAAAGUAGAAUGAAAAGAGAUCUUGACAGCACAAGUGCGGAGAAGACGGCAGAGACUCAGCACUUCAUCAGACCAGAGGACAUCAGGGAUACCUUGCUACCACAUUCCAGCACUGGUGGCAUUGUCCGGACCAAGAGGUCUAAAAUCUCCACCAGCCAGUCAAGAAGGCAGGGGUGCUCGCUGGGCACUUGCACAGUACAUGACCUGGCACAUCGCCUGCACGAGCUAAAUCUGAGGAUUGGGAGUGCCCCCGCCGACAAGAUCAGCCCAAAGGGAUACGGCCGGAGGCGACGGUCCCUUCCACAGCGCAGAUUGACACUGAAGCAGGAGCGGGGCAGGCUGAGGCCCGUAUGGAGCACAAAUGACUCACAAGUUCACAAGCUUGAGGCUCUCUUCAGACGGACAUGAGUGGGACUUUGAAAAAAAAAAGGAGUGAGGAACAAGAGCGAGGGAGUAGCUCUGCAGAGCUAGUGUCCUCUGUUCUGAAAUUCUCGAAAUGCCUCAAACUCUUGCCAAGUAUCCUCCAGCACAUUUGCCUCAGUCAUGAGUACUGAGUCAGAGCAAACCUGGCUGAGUUUCUCCACUGGCUGAACCUUGUAGCUUGGUGGUGCAGUGCCAGCAAACGCCUGCAGCCGGCUGAGAGACAUGGGCGUAGUAGAGUGCGGAGCAGACUACAGGUGCUGCUACCUGCUUGGCAGAAGAGAAGAGAGACCAUAAAUAUCUGGCAAAGUGAACUCAUCGUCUUAUUUAAAGAGGAACUCUCUUUCAGCCAUCUGGACUUUACACACACUUUCCUCAAGACCAGGACUUUGAUAAACACUACCUUGUAUGAACUUACUCCAAAGCAUCAUGUUUUAAGUAAAUGUCUGCACUUUUGCUUUUAUACUUCAAGAAAAAUGAAUCAUCAGGAAAAGCCUUCAUCACAAUGCCGAACCCAAAGAUAGGCUCAGAGCUCAGCUGCUCUUGUUAUGUAUCAAGUUUUGGACACUGUAUAAGGGAAAUGCCUUAAUUCUGUGAUAUAUGUACCAGUCCACGAUGGAUUGAAAUAUACUUGAAUGUGUUAUUUGUCUGUACAAAAACAUGUGCAAUUCAAUGUUGUUUUUUUAUUGUUGGUAUUUGUAUAUAAGAAUCUCUUUAUUUAAAUAUUAUACAGAAGUUGCAUUAAAGUACUUAUUCAGAUGAAGCUAUUUUUGUACAGGAAGAAAAAAAAAUAUGGGCAUUGUAGCUGUUUGUCAUUAUUCCUUUGGAAACUGUGGUAUUUGGAUGUCUAUGUUUUAUAGUUAUAAUAUUAUAUAUUUGUAAAUGUGUUUUAUUUUAUUAUUGUCAAAGAAAUAACAUUGCCAUUCAAUAAACAUUUGCAUACAAAAUGAAAAA